UCGCCAGUGGGGCCCUUCCUUUUUACCUAAAAGGGAAGCACACGAACGAGGAAUCGUUGACGUACACGGGAAGCUUAUAGUCAACACUUCCGUGUCAAAAGAAUGAAGUUGUCUUUCCGAGGGUGUCUAUUGUCCGCCCUGUUGCUAGGGGAUGCGGCAGCAUCCAUUAUCAGUUCUUCCGAUGCGCGCUUGCCGAUGAGUCUUUCGUCGGUUAUUUCGGAUUUAGAAGCCGAAGGCUACGGGGGCCUCGCGAUUGCCCAGCCCGAAACGUUGGAAGUUGCCGAAACGGCAUUGGCGUGCGACGGAACCUUGCUGUACUAUCCCACUUCUACUGACUUGUCUCGCGGCGAAGGAUUGUUUGACGAUCUGGCCCCGGCUAUGGAAAAAAUUAUAGCGGCCGCGAGCGAUGGGAAUCCGCAAGCAAACUUGUUGGUGAUUGUACCCGACGGCAGCAGUGCGACGAUACAAAGGCAGUUGGAAACCGCUGCGGAAAAUGUCUUGUCUAAUUUGGUGACCAACGGCAAGCCGGUGGCCGUCUUGCAGGACGUCUUUGCCAAGGUUCUGUACGCAUCCGCGGCAGAGGCUUCCAGCGUGCUGCAGACGCAAAUUGCGAAAAGCACCACCCCCGACGCCGCCAUGGCCCUCGUGGCCACUGUCGUUGGUGCGGAAAGUUCCCUCUGGCCCGGAGCGUCUUCUAUUGUUUCCAUGGGGUCGCCUGCCAUGAACGCGGACGAUUUGGCGGCGGCUCGUAUACUCGGUCCGGCUGCCCGCGAAAUACUCUCGUCCACGGUGGAACUCGUGCAGAAUGAAUAUCAAGGCAACACAAAAUUCGAGCCGGGUUUCGGAAGUCUCUGUGAUGCGGUUAUUCAACGAGCUAGCGACACAUUGGAGCAAGAGGCUUCCGACGCACCCUCGAUUCUCAGCUCAUCGUUGGGCAAGCAGAUUCGGGCCAAUUUACAAUCCCAACUCUCUGCUGAACUCAAUGAUUUUUUCGUGAUUCAACUCAAACUACUUGAGGCUUUAUGUUUUGAUGAAUACAAAAAGGGACUGUCUAAACUCAUUAUUUCACCAAAAUUGGAUUCUGAUAUGGAACAAGUUGUCAAAAAGUCGGUCGCCGCCUUUGCUAAAUCCGCCAAACAACUUGUAGCUUCUCAAGCCCAAGGUUGGACUGCCCAACCCGCCAAGGAUGCUUACGCCAAGCGUUUAAAAACCCACGCAUUCAAUCGACUCUUGUCAGCCCGUGCGGGCGGUCAAUUUAAGCCACUCCCUCGCAAAGGUGUCACGGUCGGGUUUCAUUGGCUACUACCCAAACCAUUCGGUAACGACUUUAGACAAGAACCGUGGAUGGUGCACGCAACGGACAACAUGGUAUACGUACCUAAAGAUAAGAUCACCGAUAUAAGCGCGGAAGAAGUGCUGGCGGGAGAUUGGCGGGACAAGGUUGUCCCUAGUCCGGUGGGUAACGAUAUGCUGUAUAUGCAGUAA